AGAGCCUUUGUCUCUCAGUUUAUAAACGUACUAUAGAACCAAACGUAACAUAAUGUGCAUUUCUGUCUGGUGUUGACGAUUCAGAAUAGUACUGGGCGUUAAUAUAUGGAGCUUAUUUGAAGUGUACUCUAUCAAGAACAAUGUGGAACAAAGCAAUUGGAUUUGCAAAUGAUCUUCUUCUUUCUUUCACAUUUCUGAUCACAACUGCUGCAUGCAGUUUGAGCAAUGAAGCUUGCUUUGAUCUUGGCUUGAGAAGAACUGAUUUGCAAUGUACCUGGUGUGAGAAAUUAGCUCAAUUUAACUUGGAAGAUGUUUUAAAAGAAAAUUGUUUGAGCUGUUGUGGAGUUAAAGCAGUAAAAGAGCCUGUGAAAAAAUAUUCACAAGCCCGUCUUGAAGUAUGCGGAUGAAAAAUAGGUCACUACCCACAAAUCCAAGCAUUUGUGAAGAGUGACCAACCUAGCAGCUUUCCUGGCUUUUCUGUGAAGUACGUUCGUGGAGCAGACCCUGUCAUAAAGCUCCUUGAUUCAGAUGGAAAUAUCCAAGAAGAAUUGAGUAUCCAAAAGUGGGACACGGAUACUGUUAUUGAGUUUUUGAAAGAACACCUGGAAUAAUUUUGUAAUCUUCUUUUCUAUUCAAAUCGCAUUCAAACUGGUUUUUAAGGCAUGUUUUUACUAUCAGUGUUUUCUUAAUUAUUAGUGGUUUUGGAUGUACUGAUUGCUACGGCAUUUAAUUCAUCAUCCUAUAUUUAAUGAUAACUGUUCAAGAAACCACGUAUGGUGUGAAUAGUUGGAUGUUUAUAAGUUAGAUGAUAAAGUGCGGUUGCAAACAGGAUUGAAUAAAGUCAUUGUAAUUAACUAUGCACUGAAAUAAAACAUAAUAUUCAUUCAUUUUUUGUGUGUUUAUUUAUUUAUUUUUUUUAAGUCUUACUUUUAUUUAAAAUAUACUUUUUGGAUUUCUGAAGAUUAGUGGCGGCUCGUGGGAGGGGCCGGAGGGUGCCUGGGCCCCCUCACUAUUUUCAGACAAUAAUUUAUAUUUUUAUUUAUUCCCCCCCCCUUUUUUUUGUGCGUAUGUGCUUGAAAUUAAAAAAAAACAAGGAUUGUAGUCUUUUCCUGCGCAUAAUCCGCGGAUUAUGUGCUAAAAAAGUGUAAAAUUAAUGAGUUACGGAUUAUACGCUGCCGCGGAUUAUCUGUUCUUUUUUCACCUUCAAUACCAACGCAUUGAACCUCAAUAUUUACAGCAGGAUUCGCAGAGACCGUUACCCUGCCUGUAUGCUGUUUAUUUUACAUAGCUUGAAUGUUCAGGCUAUUUAAAAUAAACAACAAACAAUUAAAAAAAGAAGCCUUUAUUUGCACAAGGUUAGACAGUUUGCUCUUUUCUUGACUGUUUGUCUUCAAGUAAUUAGCAUACUAUGAUGACAAAAUAGAGUUUAAAAUAAAUUUAAUUUUCUCUA